GAAAAAAAAUCUGUGACGUUACAGAAAAACCUGUGAAUAUGGUAACACUGGUACGAAAAUGCUUUAUCAUUCGCAGAAGUCAGCCAUUUUGAAAUAUUGAACAUACAUAGGUGGUGCGUUGAGGUUGAACCAUUUGCUCCAGUUAAAUACUUUUAUAAUGCCACCGAAGAAAAAAAUGCUGCUAAAAAUACAAAUUCUCGUAAACAAUCCCGCCAACAGGAUGGACAGCAAAGGCUAACCUCUGAAAUUAAGAGAAAAGCAGACCGGAUGAAUGCAACUCACGUACAACAGCGAUUGCAAAAGCUUCUCGAGCAGCAGGGACUAUCGCUCAGUCAAUCUGGGUACGCGUUUGUAUCAGCCGACUCUGCGACUAGUGCUAUAGAUACACCGCAGAAAAUGAUGUCACAGGAUCCACUAGAUUCAUCGAUUUCGGAAUCUUCGACGGGUUGGAAUAGUUCCCAGAAAACUAACAUUCUAUCUGCUAGUGCGUCAGUAACUUCAACAACAAGCAACCCUUACCAUGUUGCAGCUAUAUGUGGAUCUCAAAUGUCACCCGAUAUUCCAAGUUGUGUCAAUACUACUCAGGACCAGCCAAAAACACUCAUCACAGAUAAUACAAGUAACGAACAUACUACCUGUCGACGAAGCAUUGAUAUUGAUCUAAUGCCACAUGUUAUCGCGGGUGCCACGGCUACCAUACACGUCCCAGAUUGCACCCAGGAGUUACUGGUUCUACAUACACAGCCAAAGUUUGUUGAAAUCAACACUGCGCCAAAUUCGUCGAGCCAGGCACAACAUCUUUUACAUCUAGUUUCAAAUGAUGCGCUGUCGCCUUCGGAGUUCACAACUUCGGUUGUGAGAUCAAAUACUCAGGCAUUUUCUAACCCGGUACAGCAGGUACUACAACCAAAACUGGAUGACCAGCUAUCAAAGCCUGAAGAUCUCAGCAUUCCUAAGAAAACAGUUCCUAGUCGGAUUGAACCAUUUACUGUACAUACUGAUACUCCGAAUGAGCUGAGCGAACCAUAUGAAAUUGAUUUCAUAGUCGAUGUACCAACAUUUUCACCAGUACAAUCGCUCGAAAGCCAACACUCAACGUCGCAGAUGUCAUCAACAAUUGAAGGUAAUGAAAAUUGCGGCAAAUGUGACGUUUGGGAAAAUCAAGCGCUGGAGAACAAGAAUACCAUUAAGAAACUUCGUAGAAAAAUCAAGCUGCUCAAAAAGGAAUUAGCCCAAUCAAAUGACCACGCACUGUCUCUUUCACGGGAGCUACAGGAUUUGAAGGAUCGGCAACAAAUUCCUUCGGUCACAUUCACGAUUCAAUCUGAUUUCGACAUCACGCUGGAAGAAAUUAAAAACAUCGAUCGCAAUGCUACCACGGAUAGCCAAUUUAUUUCUAAUUUGGCGAUUCACUUCUUUGGAGUUGACAGAUUGAAAACAAUGAGUGUGACAGGACAACCUACGCCACGAUUCAAAAACAAACUGAACGCAGAUGGUUCGCUUUUGUACCCGGCAAAAGAGCAAAUUGACCCUAAAAUUCUUAAAUUUAUUUUUGAAAAACUUGUUGAACGUGUUGCCAUGCGCCUGGGACCACACAAAAUUCGUGAAAUUGCACACUAUGCCAACGAGAAGCUGGUAAAUAAAAGUAUUGCCCAAAAAAUUUCGAAUCUCAACAAAAUCGAAACUAACCGCGUGCCUUUUGGUAUAAAUAGAAUCGGUAAUGGAAAUCGAAAUUAAACGUAUAAUGCAUUAUGAUUAAUACGACAGUACACAGAAGCGUGUAAUAAUUUGAAUUUGACAUAAGU